GGGCUGCUCAAAACGAAAGGAAACUGUAGCGCUCUGCCAUCGGGCUUCAUUGUUUUCCAGUCGGCUGGCUGCGCCUGGAGUGUCUGAAAAUGGACUCAUCAAAAGGGGUAGCUGCCUCUGAGAAGGAACAGAAGCCAGCAGGGGAGGAGAGUGAAGAGACGUCCAGCGAACCGUCCAGCACCUCUUCUGGAAUGUUGACCCUGUCUGGAGAGAAGUGUCGUAGUGAUGAUGAGGAUCUAGAGACUGAGAUCUCUAGGUGGAAGGGGGAGCUGAAGAGAACGUUGGCUGUUCCAGUUCUGUUGCUGACCACUCUGGUAGAGAUGAACUCAGAUGGGUUGAGGAGAUUUCAGUCUAACCUGACUAGUGGCCAUCCGUUUAGCUUUCCUCCCAUCCCAGAGAGCCAGCUGGAGAACACUGACAGACAGGUCACAGUGGAUCAGAUGGUGAAGAGAUACGACCAUGAGGGAGCUGUAGAGAACACACUGAAGAUCCUGAGGAGGAGGAAUCUGGAUGAUCUGGCAGAGAAGUUAGAGAGAGAUCACACUAGAGAACCCAAUGAUCCCAUCUUAGGACAGGCCUUGCCGAUAUCACCCAGCCCUGUGGCUCGCUCUCCCAGUUGUUCCUCAUCAGACACUGGACCAAGUGAAGAAGAGAGAGAAGAACGAGUUUUACCAGCUCAAAGAGUAGUGGCUGACACCGAGAUGGAGGAGUUAACCUGGAUGGAGACAACUGCAACAGUCCAAUCAGCUGAAGAUCCAGUCUCCAACAGUCUGACUCCAACAGUCCAAUCAGCUGAAGAUCCAGUCUCCAACAGUCUGACUCCAACAGUCCAAUCAACUGAAGAUCCAGUCUCCAACAGUCUGACUCCAACAGUCCAAUCAACUGAAGAUCCAGCCUCCAACAGUCUGACUCCAACAGUCCAAUCAGCUGAAGAUCCAGUCUCCAACAGUCUGACUCCAACAGUCCAAUCAGCUGAAGAUCCAGUCUCCAACAGUCUGACUCCAACAGUCCAAUCAGCUGAAGAUCCAGGGCCCUCAUACAGUUAUGCGAAUAGCCUCACCUCGAGUUGGCAGCCAUCGCUGGAACUUUGUAAUGAAUUUACUCCAGACAUCUUGGAUCAUGAGGGCAACGGAACUUACCGAUUCCAGUGCCCCCAUGCAGGUCUGUUCCAGUGCAGUAUAACAGGCCUGGUGUUCAGGAUGGAGGGAGAAGGAGAGGUGCUCUAUAGGACAGUCCACUGGGACAGGAGGCUUCUAUCUCAGAGAGGCAAGAGGCCUGCAGGACCCCUGUUCAUGUUUAGAUGCCUUAAAGGGUCUGUCAGUCAACUACACCUCCCACACUGUCAGAUGCAUUCUGGUGGUGGAUGUGACUUCCUGUCUGUAGCCCAUGUGACUGAUGACAACAUGGAGUUUAUCCCUCCACAUGAGAUAACAGAAACACACAUCAUAAUUAACGUCACUGGAUUCUCUGCUUAUGGCAUCGUCCAUGAAGAAGAUGCUCCCAUCUCCCCUAUCCAGGGGCUUGUGUUGAUAUUCUACCAACCGUUUGUCCCUGAACAGAGGUCCAUCCUGAAUGUGUUGUUGCUUCCCAGUAAUGUUGUGAGAAAAGAGGUGCGGGAGGUGAUUGAAAGGGAUGGAAUUAGAGAAAUUCAAACAACUUCUCAGUGUAAACUAACCCCGAAGCAAGAAUACACCCUCUCCACUUAUUCUGCAGAUGGACAUCGAAUACAACCAAAAGAAGCAGAGUUUGUGAAAUGUGAUUCCUAUGAAAACUACUACUACCCCACAUUUCAGUUGUUCUUACAAACUAUAGUUAAAGAAGUUGAUCUGCUUCUGAAAGAAAAGGAAGGUGAUGAACUUGUAUGGAACAGACUUGUCUGGCUGCCAGCCUCACCAACGGAUGUCCCCUCUACAGUUUCAGCUGUUUCCCCUGCAGCCCCUACUGCCAACCCCUCUACCCCCCCUGGCAGAGCCUUCAUCAGAAGACACAGGAUGUCUCUAGAGACUCGCCUGGGACUCUUACAGCCCAUAUUCCUGCGUCUCCAGGAUCGUGGUGUUCUGAUUCACGAGGAGAGGGAGGAGGUGGUCAGUAAAUCCACCAAGACCCUACAGAACCAAGCCCUGCUGGACAUGGUGGUAAGGAAGGGGUCUCGCGCCCAGGAACACUUCUACCAGGUCCUGAAGGAAGUAGAUCCCUGCCUGGUCGAAGACCUGGAAGAGCAGACAGUCUGAGAGGUAACCAUGGAUACAACAGCAUCAGGAUAUAUAUCACCACAAUACUAAUACAUGCUCUGAAAGAGACAGAGGUAACCAUGGAUACAACCUCAGAAGAUAUCAAAACAUUUAUCAGAGACAGAGAGCAGCACUUUGAGGAGCUACUGUCUACCAGACAACCUACCUGUGUUACUCUGGUACACCGGCUACAGACUACAAGAUCAGGGCUACUGUCUACCAGACAACCUACCUGUGUUACUCUGGUACACCGGCUACAGACUACAAGAUCAGGGCUACUGUCUACCAGACAACCUACCUGUGUUACUCUGGUACACCGGCUACAGACUACAAGAUCAGGGCUACUGUCUACCAGACAACCUACC